AUGUCCUCCCCCCUCAGACGAAUUGUGACAAGUCACAAGGACGGCAAAUCCAUCGUGCUGAUCGAAGACGAACUCGAUCCUUUGCCUGGUUUCGCAGCGAGUGCCGCAACGAUCUGGCAGAGCCAUCGGUACUUGGCCGAGCUUACCGACCAUGACGCUGCCGUAUUGGGUGGUGGAAAGAUAUACAACAAAGGGUCACUCAUUCGAGUUGUCGACUUUCCCGCAAAUUCAACUGGCCACAAUCACCGCACUACAUCUCUCGAUUACGGGAUCGUUCUGGAGGGAGAGAUCGAACUGGUCCUAGACGAUGCAUCGAAAACCACGGUACGCGCAGGAGAUGUAGUCGUGCAGCAAGCGGUCAGUACACACUUUGUAACUUUGUUGUGUCUCUAG